AUGGGAGCACUCGCAAUGGAUGACAAACCCUUACCGCAAACCUCGCAGAGAGGCGUCCGGUCCAUCGCCCAAGAUGCUCUCUCCGAGUACGAAGAGUAUCUCCGAAUAAACGAAGUCUUCGUGGGCGAUCGACUGCAGAGACUGGUUCGCAAGGUCGAUAUCCACGUCUUGCCGCAGCUCAUCUUUAUUUAUCUGCUAUCCUACGUCGAUCGGAGUAAUGUCGGCAAUGCAAAACUAUUCGGCGCCGCAGAGGACAUGCACCUCAGCGGUCAGCAGUGGAACACUGGGCUGAGCGUCUUCUUCGUCACAUACGCAUUUGGUGGGACCCCAUCGAACAUCAUCCUCAAACGAGUCGGCCCCAAAAUCUGGCUCCCCGUUCUCCUGACCCUGAUCGGCAUCGUCCUCGUCUGCUCCGGCCUGCAGAGCAACUACGCCGGCUGGAUCUCGUUCCGCAUCAUCCUGGGCCUCGUCGAAGCGGGCAUGUUCCCCGGCUGCAGCUACGCGCUGACGGCGUGGUACUCGCCACAGGAGCUGCACUCUCGCAUGUCGAUUUUCUACUCUGGCGGAUCGCUGGCGGGCGCGUUUUCGUCGCUGCUGGCGUACGGCAUCGGCCAGCUGGACCACACCUGGGGGUACCGGGGGUGGCGGUUCAUCUACGUGAUCGAGGGGGUUUUCACCUUCUGCGUCGGACUGUGUUCUUUCUUCUUCAUCCACCCGUCGCCAGCCAGGGUUGGAAACUGGCUGACUCCCGAAGAGAGACGAUUCCUGCUGCUGCGCCACCGCUUCGCUGCUGGCGGCGAGACCGGCGUCGUGGAAAAAGAGGGCUUCUCGAUGAAAUACGCGCGACAGUCCUUCCGGUCGUUCCACGUCUACGCCAUCACCCUGAUGGAGAUUACUCUCUGUGUCGUCGUCUACGGUAUCUCGUUCAUCUUGCCGACCAUCAUCGCCGAUCUGGGAUACUCAGCGGCCAAGGCCCAGGCGUUGACCGCCCCGCCGUACGUCUUCGCCUGCCUCCUUACUAUCUUGUUUGGAUAUGCUGCCGAUCGCUACCAGCAGCGAAUGCUGUCAGUGGUGGUACCCAACCUGAUCGCCGCCGUGGGUUGCGCGAUCAUCAUGGCGAGUGUGCGCUAUCCCCAUGUCGAGGGCGUCACCAUGCUGGGCUGUUUUCUGAUGGCGGGGGGUCUGUAUCCCAUCCCACCGGCAGUCACGGCCUGGGUAUCAGUCAAUACAGCCGGAUCGAUGAAGCGGUCCGUCAGCAUUGCGCUGAUGAUCUCGAUCGGACAGCUAGGGGGAAUCAUGGGCUCCAACAUCUUCAUCACCAAUCAGGCACCCCAGUACCCCGUUGGGUUUGGAAUCUGUCUUGCGAUGCUGGUCCUGUUCGGCAUUAUAUGGCCGGUGGUCUACUAUUUUAUCCUCAAACGCAUCAACGCGACACGCGCUGCGAUUCCAGUGGAAGAGAUCCAAGCGAAGUAUUCGGAGGAGCAGCUGGCCGAGAUGGGGGACGAGAGUCCUUUGUUCCGGUAUUCAACUUAG